AUGGCCUACCGGCCGUACCCGCCGCCUCAGGGGCCCUUCCCGCCGCAGGGCCCGCCCAUCAACCCGUACGGGCAGCCGCAGCCGCCGCCGCAGCAGGCGGGGUAUGGCCACAUGCCGCCGCCGCCGCCGUUCCACGCGCCGCCGCCUCCGCCCCCGCCGUUCCACGCGCCGCCGCCUCCGCCCCCGCCCGGACCGCCCCCUCCGCACCAGCCUCAGUACUUCGGCCACGCGCCCCUGCAGCAGCAGCAGCAGCAGCAACGGCCGCCGCCGCCCCAGAUGUAUUACCAGCCCCCGCCGCCGCCCUACGGCGGGAACAGCAAUCAAGCGCCCCCUCCACCACCACCACCAGUGUCUGCUCCCCCUUCGGCACCGCCACCGCCACCACCUCCGGCCCAGCCCCAGCCGCCCCCACGGGAGGCUCCGCCGCUGCCAAAGGAGCGGCCGGCCAAGGCGGCGCUGCCGAGGGUGGAGUCGGAGGAGGAGCGGCGAGCGAGGAAGAAGCGCGAGUACGAGAAGCAGAAGCUGGAGGACCGGAAGCAGCAGCAGCUGAUGCGCCAGUCGCAGGCCACCAUUCUACAAAAGACACAGAAGGUGCGCGCCGCCACGCAGCAGCAGCAGCCACAGCAGCAGAGCCGCCACCUCCAGCCAUCAGGUGGGGCUCGGCCGGCGACGACAGCGUCUCGCCCAGCCGCCGUGGCCAACGCCGAGAGGUUCGAGAAUCGGCUCAAGAAGCCGACAACAUUCCUCUGCAAGCACAAGUUUAGGAAUGAACUGCCAGACCCGAGUGCGCAGUUGAAAUGGCUGCCUCUGAAUAAGGACAAGGACAGAUAUACCAAAUACAGGAUCACGUCAUUGGAGAAAAACUAUAUGCCUAAAAUGAUUGUCCCUGAGGAUCUCGGGAUACCUCUUGACCUACUUGAUAUGAGUGUAUACAACCCUCCCUCUGUUCAUCGGCCCCUGGCUCCAGAAGAUCAAGAGCUGCUGCGUGAAGAUGAGGUUCUCACCCCUGUUAAACCAGAAGGUAUAAGGAAAAAGGAGAGGCCAACCGACAAAGGCAUGUCUUGGCUGGUGAAAACACAGUAUAUUUCUCCACUUACUACUGAUGCAACCAAAAUGUCAAUCACUGAAAAGCAGGCAAAAGAAAGGCGAGAAUCAAGGGAGGGUCGUGAUAAUGUCCUCGAAAAUCUUAAUGAUAGACAGAAGCGGAUCAAAGCCAUUGCAGAAUCCUUCAAAGCAGCUAAAUCACGCCCUGUCCACCAGACUAAACGAGGGAUGGAGGCAGAGUUUGUUCUCCCUUUGGUACCCGAUUUUGAUAGGUAUAAUGAUCCAUUUGUUAUGGUGAAUUUUGAUGGAGAUCCUACAGCUGAUUCGGAGCAAUAUACCAAGCUAGAGAGACCUGUACGCGAUGAAUGCGAAUCCCAGGCUCUGAUGAAAAGUUUUCAAGUCAGUGGUUCAGACCCUGCAAAACAAGAGAGAUUUUUGGCAUACAUGGCUCCAGCACCCCAUGAGCUUGUCAAGGACUUGGAUGAUGAAAAUGAGGACUUCCAGUACUCCUGGAUUCGGGAAUAUCACUGGGAAGUAAGGGGGGAUGACAAGCAAGAUCCAACGACUUACCUCGUCUCAUUUGAUGACGAUGAUGCAAAAUAUUUGCCUCUCCCUACCAAGCUAGUAUUGCAGAAGAAGAAAGCUAAAGAGGGGAGAUCUGGGGAUGAAAUCGAGCAUUUCCCAGUGCCUUCUAGAAUUACUGUGAGCAGGACAGCACAUGAUGAUGAGAUGGAGCACGGAGAAUCAUCCAGCAUGCAUGGUAAUUUAAAGCGACGAAGAUCUUCUGUUGAUGAUGAUCUUGAGGAGCAUCGGAGGCAUUCUCGCGUAGAAGAUACAGAGCAGUACAGUGAAGACGAUUAUGAAUGA